GCGAAAAGGGGGAGUAAAAGGGAGUCAGUGGCAACCCCGGCGGACCAGGGAUGUUGUUGUUGUCAGUCUCUCCUGCCGACGUCAUGGACCCUCUCGACUUGGGACCUGAAUUUAUAAGAACUGAUCAAGUCACCGAUCUCUGGUCAUUCUUACAGACGAUUGACUGGAGUGAAGGAUGGCUAAUGGGUCUAGUAGUAUUCCACAUCUUCCUCACAACAUUCACAGUUAUGACUCGAAAUCACCACACAACCCAAGCUGUUCUCUUUUUCCUUUUGCUCCUCACUGUACGUUCCUCAGAGACCAUUAACCAAUAUGCGGCGAAAAAUUGGCAGUCUUUCAGCCGUCAGCAGUACUUUGACUCUCAAGGCCUAUUCAUCAGUGUUGUCUUCUCCAUGCCUGUUCUCUUUAAUUGCAUGAUGAUGGUGAUAAACUGGUUAUGGUUAAGCAGCAACAUGAUGGUAACCUAUAAGAGAGUGGAACUAGAGGCAAAACUUCGCAAUGACUCACGAAGGCGAAGUGAAUCACAAAGAAGGGAAUCACACAGAGGUGAGGCGGCUUCUGAACAAGCAGACGAAAGCAAGAAGAGCAAAUGAGGAAUAGUAUAUGGUUUAUUAUGAGGAUGUGGUUAGUUUUGAGAGUGGUUGGAUAUAUAGCUACAAGUGUGCAGGUCAGCAGUCACAAUUUAUUUCCAUGGAUCUUCAGGUUUGGCUUAAAUUAUAUAGAAACAAAACUUCUGUGAAAUAUAUUCUGCAUAAUAUAUAGAUUAUUAGCUUAAAUCAUAUAUAAACAUUAUUAUGCAUAUGAUAAAGGGUGUAAUACUUACAACUGCUAUACAUAUUUCAUUUUGAUUUCAAAUUGUUUAUAUUAUGGAAAUAUAGGAUGUGUAGUGAUUCAUAGUAAAAGAGUUGGUUUAAGAGAGAGUAUUAUGAAAUGAACACUUUGUACACCUUGUCAUUUGUGUUACACGAGUAGAAAAAAUAAUAUGAUGUAUUAGCUAUAUUUACUCUCUGUCUCUCUCUGUCUCUGUCUCUCUCUCUCUUUCUCUCUCUCCCUCUCUCCCUCUCCCUCUCCUCUCCCUCUCCCUCUCCCUCUCCCUC